AUGCCAAUAUAUAGUCAGGUAUUACCUAAAUCGCAGUUCCGAUCGAAAAACUCGAAAAGCAGCGGUUCGAGAGAACCUCGAGCUCCCAAUACUGGGAGAGAGUUCGAUCCUCUAAAUUAUAAUCAUGGUGGCAAUAUUCAGUUGCUAAACGCCCCCAUGGAAAGUCGGAUAGAGAAGAUGGAGAAGAGGGAGUCGAGAAGAAAGGAUGAGACGAGAUCGAAGAGGGUUCAGAAUAGAACUGAUUCAAAUGAAGGCAAAGUUGAAGCAUAUUUGAGGCAGAACCAAGUGAAUAUGAGGCAACAGCAGCACAGGCAUUCUGCAGUGAGGCAAGCAGAACAUCGUGUUAACUUAAGAUCUCUUCCUCUAAAUGAAAUAUCGUCGCGCGGACACGAUCGAACACCAACCGAUCGACAUAGGGGGUUCCCCGGCGACCGAGAAACGAGAGAGUAUCGACGUGAGCGGGAUAGGGAUAGAGAUAGGGAUUUUGACUUUGAUGGGUCACCAUUGAGCCCUAUAGCACCAAAAACCGGUGAAAAAGAUCGUCCUGUGCGCAAAUCUGGGUCUGCGCAACGCGUUUCGGAAAUGAUAUCUGUGGACAAAAGGAAAUUUUUCUGCAGGGAAUGGGUGUUCCAAAAAAUAGCACACUGUUUGGAACAGAGGGCAGUCAGUAAAACCGCUGGAGCGUUGAUACUUGGUGACGCAGGCAGUGGGAAGACAGCACUAUGUCAAGAACUAAGUCAACCAGGCAGCGGGCCUCAAGCGAGGCAGCAGCGAGCGCUGAACAGGCGGUUGUUGGCAAGGCAUUUCUUACAGGGUCCAGGGGAGACCAGCCAGCGUCCAGGAGAGUUCAUCAGGUCUCUGGCGAUGCAAAUCUUAAGCCAUUCUUCUCACGCGAAGCCCGAAAGAGAACAAUCUCCCGAUGGCACGCCUAAUAGCAAUAGAAGAAAUUCGAACACAGAAGAGAAUCUAAUACAGCGUUUCAAAGAUAUGGGGGACGAUGGGGAAGAGAGUUCGAAGCCACUAUUGGCCGACAGUGAAGACCAGCGCACCGACGAGGAGGACGCGAGCGCGCGCGCGCAGCGCCCGGCCGACGCUCGGGACGCGCCGCUCAGUGCCCAGGAUGUGCCAGAAAUCUUGCCGAGAUCGAGCGUGAAACCAACUAACCCGUUUGUAACCGAAGCAUGUGAAGACCAAAACGAGUUUCGUCUGUACGAAAACCACGAAAACCUCUUCCUCCGCAACAUAUCUCAGCGACAGUCUAAAGAAAUGCGCAACUCAAGACUUCUAAGACAAAGUUCCGAACCUCUGUCCGAGAAAAAACCAUCUGUGUUACAGAAAAGUCUCUCAACUGAAGCGAAAGAGGAGGAAAAAGCGAAAGAAAUAAGCAAUAGCCCACCAAAAUCGAGGAUACCAAUAGCCAAUUUUCGAUAUCCCAACAAAAGUGACUUAAAACCCACCUCGGCUGAGAGCUCCCCGAAGAAAUCUGAGACACCCCCAAAUAAAGAAGAAUUGCCAGAAUACACCAAUAUAGUGAACGUCCCUCAAGAUGAUAUACAGACUGAUAUAGAGAAGUUGUUAGAGAAGAAAAGGUCAGAAAUAGAAGAUGUACCACCACCUAUACCAAGUUUACCAGUAAAUCCAAGAACUUUGAUAGCUAAUGCGUAUUAUGAGAAAUUAUUGUCUGAAACGGAGAUCCAACAGUCUCUUUUACCGCAGAAUUUGGAUAAGAAUCCUGAUGAAUGUUUUAAGAAGGCCAUUUUGUUUCCAUUGUUGGAGAUCGAUCCGCCGAAACAGUGUUUGUUUUUGAUGGUCGAUGCGAUUGAUGAAGGGGCAACGACAGAGGGCGACGAGGGCUCUGUGGCGGCGCUGCUGGCGCGCCACCAGCACCUGCUGCCGCACUGGCUGCUGCUGCUGGCCACCGCGCGCCGCCACGCGCGGCACACCGCGCGGAUGUUCACGGGAUUCCGCAAAAUAAUCCUGGACGAACUGCAGCGCGCGCACGUGUCUGCCGACGUGCAGCGCUACGUGCUCGCGCGCCUCGACACCGAGCCGCGCCUCAGGGCUCGGGUGUCGAGCGACUCCACGGCGGCGGCGGCGGCGGCGGCCGCGCUCGACCAUCUCAGGAUAAAGAGCGACGGCUGCUUGCUUUACUUGGAGAAGGUGUUGGACGGUGUCGCCGACGGGUUUAUAGCGUUGCGGGAGAUUCGGGAAAUCCCCGGGACUUUGAAUGGACUGUACCUUUGGUUGGCGCAGAGAUUGUUUCACGGCAGACGGUUUAAUAAGGUGCGUCUACUGCUAGACGUUCUUCUGGCAGCGCGCUGCGGUGUGACAGAGGACAUGCUGUACAAGUGCCUCCUCACCAAGGAGUACAGUGUCACGCGGGAGGACUUCAACCGUCGCCUGCAUUUGUUGAGGCGCAUCCUGGUGCUGGAGCGCCGCAGCCGCUACGUGAGCCUGUUCCACCCGUCGUUCGCGGCGUGGCUGCUGGACGUGAAGCACUGCACGCGGCGCUACCUGUGCGCGCCGCGCGACGGACACGCCGCGCUCGCCAUGUACUACACGCUCGACGCCAGGAGAUUGACAGCUCUAGAAAUUCACAAUUACGUAUAUCAUAUGACUCAGUUGGAACAACAUUUGGCUGCGCAAAAGAAAAUCAAAUCGGGAGAUGAGGAAGAACAAGUAGACCUACACACGCUGAUUCUACUGUGGGUGUUAGACUCCGGCUGCGACGUGGAGGCCGCCUUGAAGAGGGAGACUGAGAUAAAAACUAUCGAUAUUGAUAACACGCAGAGUGAGGAUAGUAAAUUUGAUCAAGAGAAGGACAUCGACCCUGAAUCGGAAGGGAAGGAAUCAAUUUCUUGUAAAUCACUCGAACAGUCAACAUUAGAGAACAUAAUGCCUGAACUAGUCAACGGCAACUCAUUGCACUGGCCGAGAGAUAGACGAGUGUUGCGAGCUCUAUUGGAGCUGAGCAGGACCGACUCGAUGCCCACUGAGCCUGAGGAGGAUUUGAACGAUUUGCUAUCAACAGACCAAGCAAUAGGGAGUGAUAACAACGACGGCACAGGGGAUGAAAAUGACGACCCUCUGCUAAUAGACCCCAGCACCAUACACGAGCUGGCCAGCCGGGGAGAUGAUGAAACUCUGGCUGCUUUAUUGAAGCGGCGGCCGGAGCUGGCUGCGGCGACGGACGCGGCGGGCGGCACGGCGCUGCACGCGGCGGCGCGCGCCGGCCGCGCCGGCGCCGCCGCGCUGCUGCUGCGCGCCGGCGCGCGCGCCGUGCCCGACGCCGACGGCUGGAGCCCGCUGCGCGCCGCGGCCUGGGCGGGACACGUCGAGGUAGUGGACGUCCUGUUAGAGCACGGCUGUGACGUGGACUGUGUCGAUGCUGACAAUCGCACUGCACUAAGGGCGGCGGCGUGGUCGGGGCACGAGGCGGUGGUGGCGCGGCUGCUGGCGGGCGGCGCGCGCGCGGAGCUGGCCGACGCGGAGGGCCGCACGCCGCUCAUGGCGGCCGCCUACAUGGGCCACGUGGACAUCGUGCGGCUGCUGCUCGACGCCGGCGCCGAGGUGGACCACGCGGACCAUGACGGUCGCACGGCGCUGGCGGUGGCGGCGCUGUGCGGCGCGGGCGGCGCGUGCGCGGCGCUGCUGCUGGAGCGCGGCGCCGACGUCAACAAGGCCGACAGGGACAAGGCCACGCCCUUGCUCGUCGCCGCUUUCGAGGGACACACGGAGAUCUGCGAGGUGCUGCUGGAGGCGGAGGCGGACACGGAGGCGGCGGACGCGGCGGGGCGCACGGCGCUGUGGGCCGCGGCCGCCGCCGGCCACGCCGCCGCUGCGCGCCUGUUGCUCUUCUGGGGCGCCUGCGUCGACUCCAUGGACGCCGAGGGCCGCACCGUGCUCAGCACGGCCGCCGCGCAGGGUAACGUGGAGGUGGUACGGCAGUUGCUAGACAGGGGCUUGGACGAACACCAUCGGGACAAUUCUGGGUGGACGCCGUUGCAUUACGCUGCUUUUGAAGGUCACAUAGAAGUAUGCGAGGCCCUCCUAGAGGCAGGCGCGAAGGUAGACGAGGCAGACAAUGACGGCAAGGGCCCUCUGAUGCUGGCGGCGCAGGAGGGCCACACGCGGCUGGUGGAGCUGCUGCUGGACCAGUGGGGGGCCCCGGUGGACCAGCGGGCGCAUGACGGGAAGACCGCUCUACGGCUGGCCGCGCUGGAGGGGCACUUCGCGACGGUGUCGGCGCUGGUGGCGCGCGGCGCGGACGCGGACGCGGCGGACGCGGACCGGCGCAGCACGCUGUACGUGCUGGCGCUGGACAACCGCCUGGCCAUGGCGCGCGCGCUGCUGGCGGCCGGCGCCACCGUGCACGCCGGCGACGCGGAGGGUCGCACUCCACUGCACGUGUCCGCGUGGCAAGGACACACGGAGAUGGUCAAUAUGCUCAUCAAAGUGGGCGGCGCGGCGGUGGACGGGCGCGACCGCUGCGCGCGCACGGCGCUGCACGCAGCGGCGUGGCGCGGCCGCACCGCCGCGCUGCGCGCGCUGCUGCAGCACGGCGCCUCCCCCGCCGCCGUCUGCACGCAAGGCGCCACGCCCCUCGGUAUAGCGGCUCAGGAGGGACACGAGGAGUGCGUGCUGUGGCUACUGCAACAUGGCGCUGAUCCCUUACAAGCAGAUCAUUGCGGGCGCACGCCGGCCAAGGUGGCGUGGCGCGCCGGGCACGCCAACAUAUGCCGGCUGCUGGAGCGCUGGGCGGCGCCCUCCGCGCCCGCGCCCCCGCUCCCGCCGCACCCGCCGCCGCCGCCCGGCGACGACCUGCGCACUAACAGGACCGGUUCCCCCGACUACAAGCGGCGAAGUGUCCACAGUUCGAAUUCGACCAAAUCAUCCUCCAACAUGACGGGCGGCUCCAACCGGUCGCACGAGCCGGACGAGGCCAACGAUAAGGCGAAUCGAGCAAAUUUAUCGCUUUCCUUCGCGCAGCAAGUGGCCCGAUGCGGACGGUCGCGGCGGGAGGAGACGGUGCCGAUACCCGAGCAUAGUGUCGUGGAGCAGGACUCUAAACUUAGGAGCUACACGGCGAACGAGCGUGACGGAGAGCUCCGCGGCGACGCGCGCGCGCGCGACCGCCGCCGCGAGCAGCGCCACGGCGCCGCCUCGCCGCUGUACGCGUCGCCGCCGCGCAGCCCCAGCCCGCGCAGCCCCGACCCGCCGGGGUCCCAGCCGCAGAGUCUGACCAACGUACAGCCAUUAGUGACGGACACGCACUUCAAUAGAGACACUCACAUGAGGAUAAUACUCGGACGAGGAAACAAAUCGGCCAAUGAGAGGCAUGAUAGCGAGGUGAUAUUGGCGUACAACCGGAUAGUUAGCAGCUUAGGGAGAGCGAGAGGGAGGAUAUUUAAGAAAACUAAAAAUAAGAGAAACGGUAUCGUGACGAAUCCAGCGAUGCGUCUAGUCGCCAACGUGAGGAAUGGGCUAGAUAGCGCAGCAGCUAAUAUACGUCGUACGGGCGUAGCGUUAGCCUCUGGUGCCAGUUCGAAUCCCGCCGUCAAAACCAACGCCUUCCAAUGGAGGAAAGAGACGCCGCUA